AUGAUUCGGGACCGGGUCGUGCGUGGCACACGUAAGUGGGCUGUUAAGUCUCGUCAACCACUGCAUCAAAUCUUAUCAACAGCCGCUCUGAUGGCUCGAACAGUUGUCUGUUGCGUGGGAGAGAAAGGAGGGGUAGUGAGGCAGGCACUGUUAGACCAAUCUUCAGAGUAUGUCGGCGCAUUCCGUUUUCCGUUAAGUCUGACGUGCUUAAAUUUACCAGGAUAUAUUACAGGUUGUGGUAAUGAAGACUGCCAAAUUCUGGGGUACCUCGGCCCAUACCAUAACUGAAAAUCAAAUAGUAAUGGCUUCUUCUGGAUGUAGCCUUUAUUGUACUUCCACCCUUGUGACAUCCAUGUCUGUGAUAGGGACCAUAUCGUGUUGAAGAAGGAGACACGAUCGCUGGAACAAGAGCUUUAUUAGUCUGACGUUUCGGAUUUCUGCUUGAACCCAUCAUCAAAGACAAAAGCAGAUACGGGUAUCUUAUGGGAAACUGGUAACUGGGGCAUUUGAAUUCGAGAGCUAUCUGUUGCGCUUAGGCAUAAAUUAGGCUUCAUUUUUAGGUUUUGAGACAUCUCUUCUUAAAUUUUUCUAUCCAACAUGCGUUCACUGUCAUACAAUACAUCGUUAACGUUCGUUUUGGAACAGUCAUCCUCCCCCGCCACCGGUGGCAGGCCCUGCUUGUUUCAUAACUUAAAAACGAUAUCGAUCCCCUCCUACAGACUACACUUCAGUCAGACUUAUCUAGUAUGCUGCGCCAAAUUGUUUGAAAAGACGACUAGGGCUGCUCGUAUUACGACCUGGAAGGGCAAAAGCCUAAGAGAGAACGAUGUUCCGUCGAAGGAAAACCUAGAAUUUACGGCAAGUUUUUGGCAAGCACUAGCAUUUUUAUUAUGAAGUCAAGAAAUUGACUAAUUAUCAGGAGUCGAAAUGGAAAACGAAGAAUCACUAGUAGGGCAUAGCAAAGUAAAUAUCAUUACCGUUGCAAGAUGGAAGGAAAAAAUGCCCACAUUCAAUAUACUGGUCGACCAACUCACGACUAUUAAGGAAUGGUGUUAUUUCGAAAGGAAUUUUGAGGAUAUUUAAAGUGAGAUUAGAUCUUGUCAGCCGGCAAAACACGUCCAAAGGCCCUGGGUUGGCGUCCUGCAAUGCGAUUUUCAGCUGGACAUAGUUUGCUAAUCAUUGCUUAUGAGAAGGUCAUUCACCCAAAACCAGCACUUUAAACUCCACCAUAGCCUUAGAUCACGGGUAGGUACCCAGCUCUUAUGUUAAUCUUGCCCGACCCCGAGGGAAUAAACGGGAAUCGGACAUCUGUCGAUCUAAGAAUCAUUAAUAUUUUGAAAUGGUCUCCAAGAUGCGUAAUGCGAGCGACAUUCAGAGAAAAUCACCUGCAUGCAAUCACCCGAACCUUGCGAACUCCCUCGCACACAUUUUUGACGUCGGUCCUCCUCUAAACGUAGUUGUGACAGUCCUUUCUUGCUCAAUGACAACAAAGGCCUCAUUGCCAGUGACAUUGACAACGUCGAAUUGUUUAGUGGCUUUGUAAAACGACCUGCCCCUAAGCAAAAACCAAGUUAUUCGUUUCGUCCGCGUUCAUGCGUGUGCUCAUGCCGCUGAUGUCAUCUCAGAACUAAUUCAGAAAUACCUAAGUCGUUUAAAAGUCGCACUAUUUGAGAGUGGACAGCAUUCUAAACCAAAUUAACUAGUAAGUGUCGGACUUUCCCUGGUUUCAUGGUCAUAUGUUAUCUGUCUGUCUUUUGUGCGGGUUCUUCCCUGAUUUACGUAAAACAUCUAUUGUCCCUCCAAGUCUCAAGUCAGCGUCUCGAUCUGACGUUAGUAAAUAUCAGCCGUGCAUAAAACACAAUCACCAGUAAAACUGCUUGAAAAGACAAUCUCCAGCGGAAUUCUGUAUUCCCCUCCAGCUAAGCAGCUCCCGAGCACAACUCAGUAUGCAUUUUAUCCAUAAGAUCUUGCGAGAAUUGUCACUUGGUCUUAGUUAACCUGAUAAUUUAACUUUGUAAUAAAAAUGGUUGGCGGUAUUCAUCACCUUCGAUCAUAAUAAAACUUUCGGCAAAGUGUCGUAUAGGCACUUUUUAGUAACCAUCAACAUCUGCUCCCGCCAUUUGACUUCUUGGGUCCUGCCGUUUUGAAAUCUAUACUCAGAAUGCAGGCUGUUGACAAAUCGCCCUACCUGGUAUUACAUUAAUUCAUAGACAUUUAAGUGUUAGAUACACUAAAACACUACUGUUAAAUGUCAUUCUGUUUGUGCAGCCAUAUUUACUCAGUUUGUUGGAUGGACAGAUAUUCUGUACAUUUAAAACUGAAAUUUGUUCAGUAGCAACCGUUUCUGACGCUUUUGGAAUUUUUAGCGUUUCUGAAAAACCGGUAUUUCUAAACAACGUAAUAUUACUUUUCAUAUUUCCUCCAUGUUUUCAAUUCUCUUAGAGUUGUUCUUCAUUAAUAUAGAUUUUAGGUCCGUGCAUUAAUGUUGGUUUGUGGAUUAUUAGCAAUCCCGACACCUUUCAUAAGAUAGGUCACAUAAUGUACUUAUCCACCCGUUUUCAUAAGGUCAUGGUUGGUAAUAACUACUCGGCGCCUCAUCUGAUUACGAAUGCGUACUACAGACACAAUUUUAUGGCCACUACUCUUAAUUCUUUACAUUAACGACGUUUCAAGAAUAAUCGGAAAUUCUCAAACUUUCGUUUAUGAUAAUGAUCUUAAGCGCGUCUAUUCAUUUUCCAAGGACAACGCAAAUGUGUUCGUAGAAAAAUCUAUCGUAAGUCUCCUUUGACUGUGAGAAUGGAGUUUGAUUUGGCGGAUGAAGUUCUUGACCUCCAAACGCACUUUCAUUUUUUAGGGUCCGGGAACGCUUCUCGACCCCAUAUUAUUCCAAAAUAAGCUACCUUUAGAAUGCUCCACGAUAAAUGAACCGGAUUUUAGUUAUACGAAUAACUUGAAGAAAUAUUUCGCCGGGGUGAAUCUGGAGCAAGCAUAGACAGCAGAAUUUAUUGAAACCAAUGAAUUUCGCGACAGCUUAUCAACUGCAGCCUGUCGUUUCUCCCGCCGUAUGUAGGCAGCCUCCGAGUAGCGCAGUAUCUGAGUUGUUCGUGCCCGAACUAAUAUUAAAAAUGAGGUUUGGGGGUCAACUGAAUGGCCGCCAUCUAGGAGGUGCUUUGUGGUGGAAGACCGUGGCAUUUUCUUCUCCUGCUUUAGAAGCCAUUUAGGCAGGUGCUCACCUGCUCUGGCUGCCAGUUGCCUUUGCGUUCUCCCAAUGUACUUGCAUCCAAAAGUACAUGUGAAUUCGUAAACACAAUUUGACGUGAUGUGCAAUGGCAACGUAUCCUUUGACCUUUGGCCAAAGCAAUUCGGUAAGGAGGCGUGCAGCCGGCUGGCCCUGGAGAUUCGAUGGGCAAAUUCAUCAGCGAUUUUGUGUUGCACUAGAGCGUGCUCCCUAAAAAAUCAAAGAUGACUGCCGUUGACAUUCGAACGAGGAUAGUUGUACUCUGUCUUGGGUGAUGACUGGCGCAAGACCAGCGGUUUGUCCGUGCUGAUGCUCAGCCCUAAAUUAACACACUCUGCAGGGAAGAUGCCAGGAAAUGCGGACCCAUCCUUACACUACCUUCGUAGGUCUGCUGAGGGCCUUCAACACGGUGAAUCGUGAUGGACUGUGGAAAAUCAUGCAGAAAUUCGGCUGUCCUCAACGAUUCACAAACACGUUACCUCAGCUCCACGACGGGAUGAUAGUGCGCGUCACGGGCAAUAUGACCGUCUCAGCAUCAUCUGCGGUAACCAACGGUGUGAAGCAGGACUGCGUGCGUGCCCCUCUCCUCUUCGGCCUCAUGUUUUCUGUCAUGCUGAUAGCGGCCUAUAGUGAUGGGUAUCUCGAGACCCGCAUCGCCUACAGGACCGACGGCUAUCUGCGCCAUAGCCGGAGCAUGCAGGCCUUAACGCGGAUAUUCACAGCUACAGUCCACGAACUGCUCCUCACGGGCGACUGCGCGCUCAACACCACGACCGAUGAGGAAAUGCAUGGGGACACGGCCCUCUUCCAUGCGGGUUGUGUUAGCUUCGGGCUGGCCAUCAUCACGAACAAACCGGUGGUGUUGCGUCAGUCAUCACCCAAGACAGAGUACAACUAUCCUCGUUCGAAUGUCAAAGGCAGCCAUCUUUGA